AUGAGGAAUGGCAACGGAGAAGCAAAGGUGGAAAUGAAUGAUGAGUUGAAGGUAAUCAUAGCUACUGAAGUACGAGCCCAAAUGGCUCCCGUUGUAAAAGAAAUCGUUCGAGAAGUGAUAACAGAAGUACGCAGUGUAAUGACAGAUGUAUUGGCGCCUAUCUACGAUGGAUUAAAUUGUCUCCGAAAUACAAAUAGCAAUGCCACUACUUUACCGUUGCAUGCGAUUUCUGCUGGUACAACUUCUCUUACUGUACCGUCGACAGUAGUCUCAUAUCCAUCGGAAAGCGCAAUUUUAGCGGAAGUUUACACUGCAACUAGUAGCGUUGCUUGUACUGAUGUGACGGCUGCGACAGCCGCCACGCAGAAUGUACAGUUACCGCAAUUCCUUAAAGAAAAUGGUGGUACUGCUUAUGAUUCAAGAAAACGCAAAAUGUAUAUGAAUGAUGGAAUAAGCUCCAAAAGCACUGAAGAUAUCAUGGAAGAACCUAUCGAGCCACGAGGACGUGAGUCUACGAGCGAUUGUGUUGCCUACAAUUAUAUUUAUUAUAAUACUGCAUCUGCAGUACCAAUUAUGUCAAUGUUAAAACCUGAUAGCAAUACAUACGUAUGCCAAAAGGUACCUAAUAUAUUUCUUGGUAAGGAAGGUGGUAAAAUAUCAUUUCUUGUAGAUACACGAGCAGUACCUCUUAGAGAUCUUACAGCUGACAAUUUGGGAAGUUGGACAUGUCGCUUUACUGCUCACAUGAAAUCUCGGAAAUAUAUGGUCAAAAAAGGAAAAGUAGUAACUCAUAUCAAACAAUACGGGCAGGUGUAUACUUUACCGCAAGAAUAUGAUUACAUUCUACAUCGUCAGUACUAUUGUCAUGGUAAUACAAUAGGGCCUUCAACAAUUCGCAAGAAUAUUUGGUAUUUAUCAAAUAAAUUACAAGGUGGAGAUAUCAUUGGAUGCGCUAUUAUUUCUUACGAAAUUGGCGACAAUGUUACAGUGAAAGUGUCAAAACUUCGGCACCGAAUUUUGCUUAAUAAUAAUUCUUCCGAAAAUUUGCACCUUAUGAAACCUCAAGUGACAGGAGCGCCUGAAGAAGCGGAUGUUAGUAGCGUGGCGAUAAAUCCAAAUGCUGAAUUACAGCGUUUUGUGAACAAUGUUCGAGUUCCAUAG